GCAACUUCACAUGUACGUGGCGGGCAGUGAGCAGAUAAACUGCAAUGGAGCAGUCAUAGAGCUGCCCUCUCUGGAAGUGGUCAAAGCAGCACCGAAGAUGCCCAGCGAUGCGAACAUUGAUUGGCUGCUGCAUAUUUAUUUUACUCGCCGUGAAUUCGAGCGCUGUCGCCGUCUCAUUGAACGUGAGCUGAAUCGUCACCUGAAUGCUGAGUACCUGUAUUUUGUCAAGGGCCUAAUUGAGCGCGAGGCGGGCAAUAAUAUCGAGGCACUGCGUAAUCUACAAAAGGCUGUCGAACUCAAUUCGCGCAACAUCGAGAGCUACAAGGAAAUUGGACGCACACUCUAUAGCAUGGGCCGCUUUGGUCAGGCGCUGAGCGUAUUUCGUGAGGCGGAGGCGCACAGUCCACGCAAGGAUCAUGAAAUCUAUCAUUAUCUGGGUGAGUUGCUCUAUCGCGCCGCAGCCAAUCAGCCACAGCUGGAGCUGGCGCGUCAGCAGCAAGCCGAGGCCAAGAGUUACUUCGAGCAGGCGGUGCAGACGGGCAAGAAGCAGGAGAGCUACAUACGCCUGGCGGAGCUCUAUCGCAAGGACAAGGAGUAUCAGCAGGCCAUAGAUGUGCUCGAAGCGUGUUUGCACUUAACCCCCGAGAGUGCGGAAGUCCUUACCGAAAUCAGCGUAUUGUAUUUGAAAAUCAAUGAGACGCAAAAGGCCUAUGAUCGUCUGGCGGAAGUCGUCAACAUCGAACGCAAAUGCGCACCCAAAGGUUUGUUAGCCCUGGGCGCCAUUUUGCAGUCACGCAACGACGUGGAUGGCGCCUUGGGCAAGUACAGUCAAAUCGCAGAUGCUGAGCCGGAAAUUGCCGAGCUGUGGAACAACAUUGGGCUGUGCUUCUUCAAGAAGCAAAAGUUUAUUGUGGCUGUGUCGUCCUUGCGCAAGGCCGUUUGGCUAUCGCCGCUCAACUACAAUGCGCUCUACAAUUUGAGUCUGAUUUACAUAGCCUCUGAACAAUAUGCCAGCGCCUUUCACACGCUGGCUGCGGCCAUAAACCUGCGUAAGGACAAUGCCGAGUGCUACAUGCUGUUGGGCCUCUGUCUACGCCGGCUGGACGAUAAGGAAAAUGCGUUUGUGGCCUUUGAGCGCGCCUGCUUUUUGGCUCAAUCGCAACAGAGCGGAGUGCGACAUCCGUUGGUGUUUCUGAACUUUGCCCUAUUCUGCUUUGAAACAGGACGCCUGGCCUUGGCAACGGAGCACUACAAUCGCUUUACGAGCCAGGCGCAGGACCUGCUGCUACCCACCGAAUACAAAUUUCAAGCAACUAAGCUCAAGUCCUUGUUGCGCAUAUCCAGCCAUAGCAUACUGAGCGAUGCGCAGGAGCCAGAAACCAACGAAGUCAGUGGUCAGAACAUGCAGCCGCAAGAGGAAUUGCCACUGGAAGUCAAUGCUGUGGUCAACCAGAACUGA